AUGGUCCUGGAGCCGGGAGGCGGCCUGUCGUUCCCGGCGCCGCCGGCCGGCGGGACCACCGGGGCCUCCUCCGGGGCCUCGCUCCUGUCCCCGGGUCGGCUGUUCCCAAGGGCCGCGCCCGUCUUCCCGUUCCACCUGGGGUGGCCGCCCCAUCACCCCGUCCUGGGCCAGGUCCAGAGUCAGGUGCAGGCCCACCACCAGGCGGCCGCGGCCGCCGUCAGGUUCUUCAGCCACCACCACCCCCACCACCCCCACCCGGCCCUGGGCAGCCGCCCUCUUGCUCCGGACAUCGCGGCCGUCCACCCUGGGGCCCACCUUCUGCACCACGCCGCCGACCACGUCGACGAGGACGACGAGAAGAAAGGGUGCGACGGCGAGUCGGACGAGGGCGGGAGCAAGCGACGGAGGAGCAGGACCAACUUCAACAGCUGGCAGCUGGAGGAGCUGGAGAGGGCCUUCCUGUCCAGCCACUACCCCGACGUGUUCAUGAGAGAGGCCCUGGCCGUCAGGCUCGAGCUGAAGGAAAGCCGGGUCGCGGUCUGGUUCCAGAACCGGCGGGCCAAGUGGCGGAAGAAGGAGCACACGAAGAAGGGCCCAGGAAGGCCGGCCCACAACGCCCAUCCGCAGAGCUGCAGCGGCGAGCCGAUCCCUCCGGAGGAGCUGCGGAGGAAGGAGCGGGAGAGGCGGCAGAAGAAGCUGCUGAAGACGCUGGAGCGGCAGCAGCGGAAGUUGGCGGCGAAGGGCAUCUCGGUGGACCUGUCGACGCUGCGGGCCGAGUGGGAGUCCAGGAGCGCGGCGGCAGCAGGGGGUGGACCGGGGGGCCUGGCCCACCAGAGCGGGGCCUUCUCGGGGCUGGGGCCCGGGGACGGCGGCGUCUCCGGUUCCGGCAACGAGGCCAACGAGGAGAUCGACGUGGUCGGGGGCCUAGACUCGUGCAGUGAAAGCGGCAGCGAGAGGGUCGACUCGGCGGCGGACGGCUCGGUGGACGGGGAGUGCUACCCCAGGGUGUCCCCGGCCGACCCCCUCCAGGCGGAUCCUCGACGGGCCCACCACGUGGGCCUGGACCUGAACCACCAGCAGGGCAUCCACCACUGGGGCCUCAGUCUGCUGGAGCGGCGCCGCGAGCUCGUGGGCCUGGGCGCAGGCGGGCUCCCCGGUCGACUGGGCCCGGGUCCCCGGGAGGACCGACCCAAGGACGACGAGGCCCAGAGCGGCAGCAUCGACCUGUCGGUCAAGGGCCGCGAGGAGCGUCGCAGGCUGAACCCCUUCUCCAUCGAGAGCCUGCUGGGGAACGGCAGGCCCGCGACCCCCGGCUCCUGUUCGCCGAUCCUCGACGGCCGGGAGUCCUCCACCCCCGGGGGCCGCACCCCCACCCCGCCGACCUCCAUCCCUACCUCGCCUGCCACCACGUAG